UUCAAAAGGCUUCCCAGGAGAGGUCGCUACUUGUUUUCAAAGUGUCCGGCGGCCAUCUUGGAAGGAGACAAGAUGUCGACUUGCAAAGAUUUUGGAGAAGACCAACAACAAGAACACCACCAGGCUGGCCUCCACCUGUGAAGGAUUUAACCAACGGCACGGCCAGCUUGUAGGCCAAUAGAUACAGGUUCUAUAGACUCUAUUUGUGAAGUUCUGAACAAGAUCAACAACAAGUUGAAGGCCGAUCUGUGUGGAUAAUUCAACCAACAUAUUGGUCCAGAUCAAUUAUAUAUAUGUGUGUAUAUAUGUAUAUAUACGGAUGUAGAGUAUUUUAGUGGACUUGUAUACCUUGUGGAGAAGACCAGCGACAAGGCCAACGCCUGUGGAGUAUUUACUUAUCGUAUGGACCAGCUUGGAGACCAAUAUAUGUAUUUAUAUUAACAGAUUUUAAGGAUGGACUUGUAAAUGUUGUAAACAACAAGGUUCACAUCUGUGGAAUAUUUAACGAACAGCUUGGUUCUCUUAUUUACAUAUACAUCCCUUGUUAUAUAUAUAUAUAUAUAUAUAUAUACGGAUGAUGUAGAUUAUUUUAGUGGACUUGUAUACCUUGCAGAAAAAACCAGCAACAACAAAGCCAACGUCUGUGGAUUAUUUACUUACCGUAUUGACCAACUUGGACAUCAAUAUAUAUAUAUAUAUAUAUAUAAUAUAUAUAUAUAUAUUGAGAGGUAUACAUCUGAGGAAGAUUUAGCUAACAUCUUGGCUCUCUUAGGCCAAUAUAUUUACAUACACGUCCCUUGUUAUCAAAACUACACACAUACAUACACACAUAUAUACAUAUAUAUAUAUAUAUAUAUAUAUAUAGCAUAGUUCUUGCAUGUAUACAUAAAUGCGUGUGAUUAAUUAACGAAACAUUGAGGUACACACUUAACAAAACACAACAUAAAUCUAGUCUUUUUUUUUUCCUGUCCCUCCCUGGUUCCUGUUAAAAAUUUAUUGCGUGUAUUUCUUUGCGAUCUCUGAAGUGAUCUAUGUUUCUUGUUUGUCAUUGUCACUAUUUAAGAAUACUGUGUUUAUAAAUUACGGAGAUGUACUUGCAUAGCAAGUGACUUGAUCUGAGAUCGUGUGCUGGAACGUGUUUAUAAAUUAUAAGGAAAAACCUUACAUCUGUUUACACACUCACACACACACUUUGCGAGAUGUGAAAAAACAGGCAAACAAAUAUUUGAGAUUAAUUUUCAUAUAGUUUUAAAGCUUUAUUUUUUCCUAUAUCUCUACACUCCACCAUCCAUGUGAAAAAUAUAUUUCCUGUCUUUCAUAUAUAUAUAUAUAUUUAUAUAUACAUACACCAAAAACCAGACUCUUUCCUGUCUCCCAUCACAGAAAAAAGAGGCAGGGAAAAAAAGUGAGUAACACGCAGGAUGUAUAACGGAAUUGGUCUAACUACCCCACGGGGUAGCGGAACCAACGGUUACGUGACCCGUAACCUUUCCUUCAUCCGCAAGCACAAAGACAGGAUAGAUUACAAAUCCGAAGAGGAAAUCAGGAAGCUGGAAAAUUCCUUGAUCAAGGCUCCGAACAAGGAAAUCCUGGACCACGAACGGAAGCGGAAAAUCGAGUUGAAAUGCAUGGAAAUGCGAGAAUUGAUGGAGGAGCAGGGCUACGCGGACGAUGCCAUCGAACGGAAAGUGGCCGCCUUUCGUAAGGUGCUCCUGGAAAAGGAAGGGAUGUGCGAUCGCGUCACUGAAAAGGACGAGUUCGGUCGGCCCAUCACCCGCGACACGCAUCAGCUGGCCGAGGCGAACCUCGAGAAAAAUGCUCGCCUCCGCGAAGCCUUUAACCUCAGCAAGGACUAUGUAGACGGCAGUUCGUUUGACCCGGCGAGGAAGGCCAAAGAACAAGCUGCAAGGGCCGAAGCCGCGGCCCUGGCCCAGAAGAAAUACGCCCUCGUCGACGACCCCCAAUCGUCGUCGUCGUCAUCGUCGCCUUCGCCGUCACCCUCCCACAGCUCGUCCCAGUCCGACACGGAAUCACCGUCGCCAGCCAAACACCGCAAGCACCAUCAUCAUCAUCGUCACCGUCGCCAUGGCAGCAGUAAACACAAGAGCAGCAAGAGCAGUCAUCGGAAGCACCAUAGCAACAACAACAACAACAGCAGCGGCGGUGGUGGUGGCGGAGACGGUAAGAGCGGUAGCAAAAAGCACAAGAGUAAAAAAUCGCGAGAUCGAAGCCGGUCGCCGGUAGUCGAAAAGUCAGAGCGAAAAAAGAAGAAAAAGCACAAGAAAUCCUAAUUCACUUCGAUAUGGGUAUACAAUGUUGUAUAGGUUAAGCCUCACAACCAUAUAUAUAUAUAUACACACACACAUAAUAUAUAUAUACAUAGACAUUAUAUAUACGUACGUAAUUAUCUAUAAAUAUAUAAACAUACAUGUACGUAAUAUAUAUAUAUGUACGUUAUAUAUAUAUAUAUAAAUGGGUUUGCUAUCCUGGAUUCGAACCCCUUGCCAGCAACUUUAAAACUGUAUCAAGAAACAUUUAUUUCUCCAUAAUCUGUAACUAUUUAUAUUUUUUAACAUGCCAUGAACAA